GCCGUUUAAGUUAGGCAAAGAGAAGAAACAGUGAGACAAUUUGCGGUUAUUUUUGCUCAGGAGGUGUUGGUGGUGUUGUGUUGUGUUGUGUUGCCACCAACACCGAGCACCCCACCCCUGAGAAAGUGAGAACCCCCCAAUCAAUUCAUUCCAUAAAUAACCUAACUUUCUAAAUACCCAUUUCCCAUUUCCCAUUUCCCAUUUCCCAUUUUUCAAUUCACAUUUCUCGAUCUCAUUCUCCUCCUCCUCUUCCUCCUCCUCCCAUGGCGUCCGAAGCCUUCACCGACAAGAACAUCGUCUUUCGAAAACUCAAGGCAAAGUCCGAAAACAAGAUGUGUUUCGAUUGUAAUGCAAAGAACCCAACUUGGGCCUCCGUCACCUAUGGGAUCUUCCUCUGCAUCGAUUGCUCAGCUGUUCAUCGCAGCCUCGGCGUGCACAUCAGUUUUGUGAGAUCUACAAAUUUAGACUCAUGGAGUCCUGAGCAAUUAAGAAUGAUGAGCUUUGGAGGAAACAAUCGUGCACAGGUUUUCUUUAAGCAACAUGGUUGGACUGAUGGUGGUAAAAUAGAGGCCAAGUAUACAUCAAGAGCUGCAGAGUUAUAUAGACAAAUUCUUUCUAAGGAAGUAGCUAAAAGUAUGGCUGAGGAGGCAGGUUCACCAUCAUCACCUGUUGCUUCUCAGUCUGCACAAGCAGGCAAUGGACUUCCUGAAGUAAUGACCAAUGAAUUACCAAAAGGAAAUACUCUGGGGAAGCCUGAAAUGCCUGAGAGCACUUCUUCACCUAGAGCUUCACAUACAAUAUUUUCCAGUACUGUCAAGAAACCUAUUGGUGCUAAAAAAAUGGGGAAGACUGGUGGACUUGGUGCCCGGAAACUUACUAAAAAGCCAAGUGAGUCUCUCUAUGAGCAGAAGGCCGAAGAACCACCUGCUCCAGUUUCUUCCUCAUCAAACAACAAUUUGCUUACUGGGCCAGCACUGACAUCCCGGUUUGAGUAUGUGGAAAAUGUCCAAUCAUCUGAGUUAAAUUCUGGAGUUGGGGGCACACAUUUACUUAGUCAUGUGUCUGUACCAAAGUCAUCAAGCUUCUUUGCAGACUUCGGAAUGGAUAGCAGUUUUCCAAAGAAAUCUGGGUCUAAUUCCUCAAAAGUGCAAAUUCAGGAGUCUGAUGAAGCAAGAAAGAAGUUCUCAAAUGCUAAAUCUAUUUCUUCAUCCCAAUUUUUCGGAGAUCAAAACAAAGCUGCAGAUUUGGCUGCUCAGGCUACUUUGUCAAAGUUUUCAGGUUCAUCUGCCAUCUCCAGUGCCGAUUUUUUUGGUGACUCAACAGAUAACUCCUCCAUUGAUCUUGCUGCUAGUGACCUGCUUAAUCGACUGUCUUUCCAGGCACAACAAGAUAUCUCAUCCCUUAAAAAUAUUGCCGGAGAGACUGGGAAGAAGCUCAGUUCCUUGGCGUCCACUUUGAUGACAGAUCUUCAGGACCGAAUACUCUAAAACUGUAUGUUUUGUAUAAAAGAAAAAAAUCCUUGGAGUUUGCAACAGUUACCAGCCACUUAUGCUUCGAAUGUAAUAGAAGAGUGCAAUAUACUAUCAUUUGAGAAACAAUAGGAGAAGACACUGUUACUUUUCAGGCUUGUCAAAGGCUGGUGUUUAUAUUUUGUAUCACAUAUAUCAUUUGAGGUUGCGAAUAUGUUACAUGUUAUUUGAUUAGUUAAGUUUAUAUCAGUUUGUAACGAACUCAACAUAGAAAAAUGGCGCUUGUCUACAUUAUCAGUUUCUGCGUAUGGUAUCAUCAUUCAUCAACUAUCAAACCAUUAGUUCCUAAUGGUUCAGUAGCCAGUCUUGAUGGAACA